AUGUCGUACAAUCCAGAAGCCGACGAGCGCGCUCCCCUCCUCCCAGAUGAACCCCUUCCUCCACAAGGGGAGGCUGAGGAGCGUGGAGUGCCCGCCCGAAUCGCACGGCGACUCUACAUAUCGCACUUUCUGUCGACGUGGAACUCCCGUGUCUUUGAAUUCGGCGCCGUGCUGUACCUGGCGACCAUCUACCCUGGAACUCUGCGGCCUAUGUCCGUGUAUGCAUUGACCCGCGGUCUUGCUGCAAUUGUGUUUGCUCCCGCCAUUGGGCAGUAUAUCGACACUGGCAACCGCUUGCAGGUAGUAAGGAUGUCAAUCGUCUUUCAGCGACUCGUUGUGGCGGCGUCUUGCGUGGUUUUCUACGCCCUCACCACGCGCUUGUCCCUGAACCAGGGCGGACACAUCGGAAUCCUCGCACUUCUUUCCUUCCUCGCUUGCGUCGAAAAGCUCUGUUCGAUCAUGAAUCUGGUAUCAGUAGAGAAAGAUUGGGUCGUAGUCGUCGCCGAGAAGGACGAAGCAGCGCUGAGGGUCAUAAAUGGACAGAUGCGGCGUAUUGACCUACUCUGCAAGCUAUUAGGCCCCCUCUCCAUCGCCCUAAUCGACGACAUCUCGACUGAGACCGCCAUUAUUGUCAACUUUGCAAUGAAUGUAGCGUCCAUCCCGGUUGAGUAUUUCGCCAUAGCACGUGUUUACUACGAUGUUCCGGAACUACAACAGUCGAAAAAGAAGUCACCGACAGUGACUUCUAACGCCGAACCGUCGCAAGUAUCCCAGCUAGACCGAAAUUCGGAGAGCCGGUUGAUGCACAACUGGAGACACGUGGUAGCUGUAGCGAAAAAGUCCGCCGCCGACUUCAACCUUUACUUCCAACAUCGCGCGUUCCUCCCCUCCAUCGCUGGCGCGCUUCUCUACCUUACCGUCCUAAAUUUCGCAGGCCAGAUGGUCACGUACUUGCUCUCAUCUGGCUACAAUACCACAGAGGUCGGUAUCGCCAGGACUCUCAGCGUGGUCUUUGAGGUGCUAGCAACAUGGACGGCACCGUGGCUGAUGGGCAAGAUCGGACCGGUGAGAGCAGGCUUGUGGCUAGGCACCUGGCAGGUGACCAUGCUAGCUGUCGGGGUUGCCGUGUUUUGGGCCUUUGCGGAUAAGCCUGUCGUCUUGGCCAGUGGGCUCGUGGGCGGCACGAUACUCAGCCGCUUGGGGUUGAGAGGCUUCGAUCUGUGUGUACAGAUUAUUGUCCAGCAGGAUGUGGAAGCCGAGAUCCGCGGGGCGUUCUCCUCGGUCGAGGCCGCGUGGCAGAACAUUUUCGAGCUUCUUGCAUAUGCCUCCACUAUCGUUUUCUCUCGCCCCGAGCAGUUCAAGUGGCCUGUGCUGAUUUCAGUUGUGGCUGUCGCUUCCGCCAGCAUGGUAUUCGCUGCCGUUGUGCGCAGGAGGAGGGGGCAUCUGUUGCACUUGGAUGCGCUGACCAAAUUCUUGGGUAGUAGGGCUGGGAGGCAGACGGGGCAAGAGAGGGGCUUAGAGAGGAUCUUGUCUGAGAGCAACUAA